AUGCCGAGUCUGCGGCGGGUUUAUACCGUGCCCACAUCCUUGGAGUGGAGGGAGGCGGGAGGCUGCGUGGCUCUGGAGGGCAGGGGCAGUGUGCCCCAGCAGCCCAGGCGCUGGGAGUCAGCAUGGGUUGUGCCCGUGUUUGAGGGACCCUCCCUGGCCAUUGCUCCAGCCACUCCAGCUUGGCUGGAGGACUUGGACCUUCAACAGCUCAAUGUUCACCACAGCGCAAAGGGCUGCGAAGAGCCAGGACCCGGCACCUGCCUUGGCAAGAGCUCAGCAGGGACCCGAUACCAGGGCUCCGCUGGCCUUGGGGACCAGGAAAAUGAUCUUCCCACCCAGGACAAAGCCUCACACUGCCGAGGUCGGAGGCCGCGUUCCCGCCCGGACCCUGCCUCCCGGCCCCCGCGUCCCGGCGCGGCGCCCGGAGGGAUCGGCCCUCUGCGGGAACCCCGGUGCCCGGCGCUCCCCGCGCGGCCUUUCCCCGCGGCCCGGCCCGGCGCUCCCCGCGCGGCCUCCCCGGCCCACGGCGAGGCCGCGGGGCCCUGCGACCUUGGACUCCACAACAGGUUUAAAGGGCACGCUGCGUCCCCGGCGGAGGGGGGAGUAAAGGAGAAGACAAUGAAGAGGAAGAGGAGCACAGAACGGGGAGAGCGGACUCCGGUGCUCGUGGAAGCGCACGGCGCGCCGGCCGGUGACGAGUUUGGAUUCUCGGAAAUAGCAGAUUCUAUCCAGCUCGCUUCUCCAGGUGUUACGACAGGAGUGCCCGCCACGUUUGGGGAGGCUCAGCAGGGCAUCCCGCCGGGACAAUGGGGUUGUCAGAGGGCCAGCGCCGGCUUUUUCUGCGUGCUCACGGAGCGUGAAGCCUUUAUCCCCCAGAAGGGCUCCGCCGACCGGGCCGGACAAAGGCCAGCCUCCGCCUUCCGCUCCGAGGGGAUCUGGGCGGGUCCGGAGGCCCUUCAGGUUGUGUUCCCUACCCCCAGCAGGCUGUAUGAGCAGGUGCUUCAUGCAGGAAGGGAUGCAUCCCCGUCCACUUCUCACCCACAGCUUGAUUGGUAUGGCUACCUCAGCCCCGUCCUCCGGGCUGCGGAUACAGUGGGACUAUCAGUUGUGGCCCUGUGGGCACAGUGCCUCCUUGGGGCUCUUGAAAUGAGCCAGCUGGGGAAAAGGAAAGAACUUUGCAAAGUGGUGAGCGAGAGUGCAAAGCAGAUAGACCUCUGGCAUGGAAGCCUGUCUGAGAAGGCUACAGCCCAGUUAGCAGAAGAUGAUGGGAAAGGACAAGGGGCCAGCAGCUGCCAGUGCAGCCUGGUGGUUCCCCCAGCUGGUACUGCCUUCCUCUGCCACUUCAGGAAGCCAAGUGUGGUGUGCGGCUGGGUGUGGCCAGGCCUUGGGGAUGCCAGCAUCCCCCAGCCUCCUCCUGCUACAGCCUACCUGGUGUCUGGGAGCCGGCCCAGUGGCCUGCCCGCCCUGGCGCUGCUCAGCAAUGCCAGUCACACGGCCUGUCUGCAGAGUGCUGCGGGCCUCAUAGUGGGAGCCGCGAAAAAUCCAAGUUUUCGCUUUGCCAGCCCAGAAACACCGCCAGAUGAGGUGGUGAAUCCGAGCCUCGCUCAGGCCAACUCCAGGGAGAAGGGCAGCAGCCCUCCCCUCCUGGAGGGGCCCUGCCAACACACCGGUGCCAGCGGGCUGCUCACUGUGUGCCACUGCUGCCUUUGUGGCACCACCUCGCCCCGCAGGAGACGGCCACCACCGGGCAGGGAGCAGGCGCUGGAAAAGCGCUCUGGUUUGAAGGUAUCAGCAGCCAGGAAGUUCAAACACAAGGGUCAGGAGCUAAUGUUUAGUAUCAGCAAGUGCAGUCAGAACGAAGCUGUGCUUCUGUCCUACCUGAGCUCCCGGCUUGCGCUGCAGUUCCAGGAGUAUCUGGGAGGUAACCCCAAAGGAUUCCUGUUAAAAGAUGGGGGCUGCAGUAGGAGAGUUUUGAAAGACCCCGUCAGAGGUUAUUCCCAUGGGCCCGGGACCGUGAGGUCCUGUGGGGCAGGCUGGGGAGAAGGUGCCCAGGAUGCCCCGGCAGCCAGAACCCCCUGCUCAGCCUGGCCUCUCCCCGCCCCUGGGUCCGACUCUCCGGGGCACGGGGAAGGCGCCUCCCAGACGCUCGCGCUGCACGGCGGCGCCAAGAGGGGCGGCGACCCCGGGGGUCCCCCGGACGGGGCUCUGAAGGCCCGGAGCUUGGGCGGCGGCGGCGACUUGUCGGUGAGCUCGGACUCGGACAGCUCGCAGGCCGGCGCCACGCUGGGCGCGCAGCCGAUGCUCUGGCCGGCCUGGGUCUACUGCACGCGCUACUCCGACCGACCCUCGUCAGGCCCCAGGUCUCGCAAACCAAAGAAGAAGAACCUCAACAAAGAGGACAAGCGGCCUCGCACGGCCUUCACAGCGGAGCAGCUUCAGAGGCUCAAGGCAGAGUUCCAAACCAACCGCUACCUGACGGAGCAGCGGCGGCAGAGCCUGGCACAGGAGCUCAGCCUCAACGAGUCGCAGAUCAAGAUCUGGUUCCAGAACAAGCGCGCCAAGAUCAAGAAGGCCACGGGCAACAAGAACACGCUGGCCGUGCACCUCAUGGCGCAGGGUCUGUACAACCACUCCACCACCGCCAAGGAGGGCAAGUCGGACAGCGAGUAGGGCGGCGGCGGCUGCGGCGGGAGGGCGCGCGCAGAGGCCAGGUCUCAGUCCGAGCAAACAAUGCAAUAAUUUAAAACAUUAACUAAAGGGCCAGUGUAUAAAGAUUAUACCAGCAUUAUUCGUAAAAGUAUCGUGUGGUUCUGCAAUAGUCUAUGUAUAUAUAAUUUACAGGUGGUGUAAAAUCCAAACUGUCUGACUAUAAAAUAUUUCUAAAGUUUUUUUUGUGUUUACAGAUUAUGCUAAUUUUAUGGGUUUUUGCAAAGGGGGCUUCUUAGGGUUUCAUCUUUUUUUAAUCCCCUGAGCUCCCUUCUGGAACAUCAGACACUUUUUUUUAAUUAUUAUUGUUUCAACAGAAGAAAAAAAAUUUAAAAACCCAACUUGCUAAAGUCCAAAGAUUUUUAUUGCUGCAUUUCACACAACUGUGAACCCGAUAAAUAGCUCCUAUUUGGUCUGAGUUCUACCACUUUGUUUGUGUUGACUUGGUGAGGACAGCAGGAGGCUGGCCAAGCCUGGGCCACGACCCCAGGUCUUCCUGGCCUUGCCAAGAGACCUGGCUGGGGAAGAGGACUCCCAGGUCCUUGAGUGGGUCUGGGGAAUGGCCUUGAGAAGUGACCUCUGGGUGACACCUGGCCCAGGCCCGCAGCCUCUCCAGGUCCCUCCUAGCUGACCUACUACUGUCUCUGUCCACUGCCUCUUGGCGGCACUGCCCUUGCCUCUGUGAAUAUUCCCACACUUCUGUCUGUACCUGUGUCUCUGUCCCCGCCAGGGUGAUUUGUCAACACCCACUCUCCCACCUCAGGCCUGGCCUGGGCAGUGGAGCUUGGAGUUUCAGGACCCUGGCAUAUGGCCUGCAAGCCCCACCGCUGGGGCAGCCCUCCCUCCCCAGGCCUGGCCGGCCAGCAUGCUCUACUGUGCUGUGUCAGCCGCCAGAAGCCCCUCCAGGUCCUUGCUGAGAGCUGAAGAGGGAUUGGUGUUGUCUUCCUUUUCUUCCCCCUUUCCCUUUUACUUUUACUUUUACUUUUUUUUUUGGAAUGGCCAUUUUUGAUGUUGAGAAUACUCUUCCAAGAUACAUACGUGUCUGUGUGUAUACAUGAGUGCACACACGUGUGUAUGCAUGUGCACUGACACAUACCAGGCCUGUAUGAGGCCGAAAUUCUAGAACCUGUGGCCACUUUGACUUUCAAAGGACUCAGAACCCUACAGGAUCUAGAGAAAGGAAGAAAGUAUGUAAAUAGUCAUUUC